UGUUUACCCCCUUGAAGCGCUGAACUGUGGCCGUGCCUCAACCAUUAUUCUGACAUAUAACUCCCGGAAAUACAAAUGUAACCAGCCUUGUUUUGAGGACCUGAGCGAGAAUAUAAGGCGGGGCAUUAUUAAUCUAUAAGAUUUCGUGAGCUGAAAAGCAAUGGCGCGGGUGGUGAAAAAAAGGGCGGCCGACCCCAAAGUUGUCCAGUUUGUGUGGUCGGCCAUUGAGGUUAUUCGCAACCAGAAGCAAAUUGCAAAUAUGGACAGGAUUUCAAAGUACCUGAGCCGGGUGUAUGGGAUGCAUCCCAAAGAGACGGCCAGGCAGCUAGUGCUGGCAGUGAAGGAUGGGCUCGUGGUGGAAACCCUCACUGUGGGCUGCAAGGGCUCCAAGGCAGGCGUGGAGCAGGAAGGCUACUGGCUUCCAGGGGACGAAAUGGAGCAGAUGUCUGAGGGAAGCAAGGAGUGGGAGCCGGAGAGCCACGACUGGUACUGCUUCGAGUGCCACCUGCCCGGGGAGGUCAUGGAGUGUGACGGCUGCUUCCGUGUCUACCACAUGCGCUGUCUGUCGGAAGAACACCGGCCCAGGGACAGCAGCGCCCACUGGCAAUGUGUGGUCUGCAGGGGUAGCAAGAAGAAGAACUGUUCCAAGCAUGAAAUGAUCACAUACCUGCAGUUUAUUGUUGGGCGAAUGAAAGAAAGGGCCGUUGACCUUAACAAAAAGGGCAAAGACACAAAGCAGCCCAUGUACAGAAGACUCAUCCACACACAGAUGGAGGUGGAAAACGUUCAGGAGAACAUCACAGAGGGUAAAUACAAGAACUUUGAGGAAUUUAAGGCAGAUGCUCAGCUCAUUGUCCACAACACAGCCAUCCUGUUUGGAGGGCACAGUGAUCAGACUGAAAUUGCUAGAAUGCUUUACAACGACACGUGUCACGAGUUAAAUGAGUUGCUGUUGUGUAAAAACUGUUUCUACCUCUCCAAUGCGCGGCCGGACAACUGGUUCUGCUACCCUUGUACUCCCACUCAUGAGUUGGUGUGGGCCCGCAUGAAAGGCUUUGGCUACUGGCCAGCAAAGGUCAUGCAGAAAGAUGGGAAUCAAGUGGAUGUCAGGUUCUUCGGCUAUCAGCAUCAGAGGGCCUGGAUCCCGGCAGACAACAUCCAGCCGAUCACGGUGAAUGCGCAGCAGCUGCAGGUGAAGCGCAGCUCGAGCUGGAAGAAGGCCUGCGAGGAGCUGGAGAUGCACCAGCGCUUCAUGACCGAAGGCCGCUCCUGGAAGGGCCUGGGCGACGAGCGGCCAGAGGAGCGGCUAGACGAGGCAGAGUCCAGCAUCUCCUCCACCAGCAAUGAGCAGCUGAAGAUUAACCAGGAGCCCAAGGCCAAGAAGAGCCGUCGCAAUCAACCUCCUGAGCCCAAAGAGGAGGAGCCUGAGCCUGAGAUGGAGGCGGUCAGCUCCAGCCAGGAGAUCCCCACGGCGACGCCCCACCAGCCCGAGCGCCUGUCUGUCUCCACGCAGACCCGCAAGACAGGGCCCUCGUCUUCCUCUUCCUCCACCUCCUCGGGCUCGUCGUCCGGGCCGCGCAUGCAGCACCGCAGCACCCAGACGGUGAACGAGAGCAGCUGCCAGAACAUGUGCCACGACAAAUACACCAAGAUCUUCAACGAUGUCAAGGAGGUGAUGAAGUCGGAGAACAAGCGCGAAACCGAGCGCCUGAUCAAGGAGGCCACAGAGAAGCUGCGGGCGGAGAUGGAGGAAGAGAAGAGGCAGGCGGUGCAGAAGGCAGUGGCCAGCGGCCAGGCGGAGAUGGACAGGAAGUGCAAGCAGGUGAAGGAGAAGUGCAAAGAGGAGCUGAUGGAGGAGAUGAAGAAGAUGGUGAACCAGCACAAGCAGCUCAUCUCCCAGACCAAGAAGAAGCAGUGGUGCUACAAUUGUGAAGAGGAGGCCAUGUACCACUGUUGCUGGAACACUUCCUACUGCUCCAUCAAGUGUCAACAGGAACAUUGGCACGCCGACCACAAGCGCACCUGCCGCAGGAAGAGAUGAGCCGCGCCGACUGCCCCGCCCCCACCCCCAUCAACAUCUCCCACCCACCCCAGGCCCCAGCCCUCCCAACAGCCCCCAGCUUUGCACGCCUGAAGACUGUGAGACUCAUGACUGGGCAAUUUGGUUUGUUCCUUUCCCACCACAACUCAACGCUGGCGUCCCCAGGCCCUGGGAGGUGAAGCGGCUGUUUUUAAAACCGUUUUAAACAACUAUGUUGCUUUCAAAGAAACCAUGGUCACAGGAGCGAGGAAGACCUUUUAGACAUUUGUGGCGAGUGUGGACAAGAUGGGCGUGUGGAGCAUGGGUGAAACGGGCUCCUGUCCCAUUCUUUUAACAGUAAUCAUGAAAAGGUGCAAAUUCAACAUUCAACAUCUCAUUAACCCUGGCUAAAUCCCUUUACUCAAUCUAAACAAGUUUUUUUUUUUUUUUUUUCCUUUGCGAAGAAAAGUCAAAUGCCUUUUGCUUGCCAUAAAAGUAGUCGGGGGAAAAUUCAGUGCAAGAUGAUCUUUGAUCAAAUGUAUGUGGGGGAUUUAUUUUAAUUUUGUUGUAGGGUGGGCAAUGUUUGCCUCAAACAUUGACUUUGAUGUUUGUAAAAAUAGUAUUUUUCCUAAAUGGUUUGUGAUCUCACAGUUUUGGGAACAGGGUGAUGAUGGCAGGUUAGUUCACCUGCCUUUAAAAAAACAAGCUAAAACAAUCUUCCAUGUCUGAAUAUGCACAUUUCAUGUCCCCAUUUAAACAUGAUUUUUUUUUUUUUUUAAAUUUAAUGAAAAUAAUCUCUUUUGGAUUCCAUGACUGGAAAGAUGUUCCGAACUGUUUGCUGAGGUUGAGUGUACAGUGAUUUUAUUUUAUUUUUUAGAUUUGUAUAAUACAUCCUAAUUUUAGUGUUGCUUGUGUAUUCUUCCUCUGCUUGUGAAUCGAGAUGGUUCUACAGUUCUUUUUCUGUUCUAAUUUUUCCUGUCAGGUCAUAAAGAUAAAGUGUGAUUUUUUUCUUUUUUUUUCUUCUUUUUUUUUCCAUCAUGUUUUUUAAAAACUCAUUCACUGAUUACAGAUUAAAUCAUGACAAAGUAGCAGCAGGCUGCGGGUGGACCAGUGUAACUGACACCAACUAGUAAAUGAAUGAUUUUUAAAAAAAAAGAAUUGCCCGUUUUUCUUUCUUUUCUUUUGGUUAAACAGUUGAAUUGAAAUUGUUGAUGCAAUUGGAUCAUGUAUUGGGCUACACGGAGAGGACUAUGGCAUGUGGAAACUGAUGAUGGUCACUGCGGCUCAUGAGUCAGUCCGUUGAGGCAGAGCCAUUGGGGGGAGGGAGCCAAGAUGCGGGAACACUUCGGCUUGUCCAUCGAUGUUGCACAGGCUCCUCCGCGGGUGUCUUUAGUUUCUGUCUCUGUGUGAAGCACUGGGUGUGUGUCCGCUGUGCCUGUAGACUGUACAGCCAAAGCUCCCCCCCUGCUCUAUUGGUUUCACUCUGCCGCCCACCCAACCCCAGACCACCCCAUCCCACCCCUUGCUCUCCCACCUCACCGUUGCACUACAUGUAAAUAAAUGUUUGCCACUAAACGUGAACAUUUGAUGCCGUUUGCACGUUAGUAGCAUAUGUACAUUUCAUGAAUGCAUUAACUAUGUAUUUUAUAAAAGUUCAAUCUGUAAAAAAAUGAGUUUGUGAUUUUUAAGGUGGGGAACUCUUUGUAUUCCCGUCUGCAUGAAAAGUGGGUUGUAUAUCUUUCUUUUUCUUUAAACGUUUCUUACUUUGGCUUUCAUUUUGUUUCACAUUUCCUUGAUGUUCCACUUUUAGUUUUUUCUCAUCUUUUUUUUAAUUAAUAUAUAUUUUUUAAUUCCUUUGGAUCCAAUCCACUUUUUUUUAAACUUUAAACAGAAUUUCGUUAAUAUUUAUGUGGGGAAGAGAAAUGACUACUGAAAAGAGUAUUCACAACCCACCAGCCUGCGACAUGGUAGUAGCGCCCCUUUUCUUCCCCUAUAUGCAUCUGUCUGUACAGUCUUCCCCCUAUCUGACAUUUCGCUGUGAGAUUCCCCCUCUUGCAUUUACAUAUGUAAUAGUACUCUAUGUAUAUGUACAAGGUACAAUAAACAUAUCAUCCACAGGUA